AUGUUUAAUUAAACAAUGACUCAGAAGUUGAACCCAGAUUAAACUUAUCAGCAGAACAAUAAAUAAAAUAAUUUAAAUCCAAUCCUUUAAUUUAAUGAAUAAAGAUAAAUGCUGAUAAUGCUGAAUAUUGAUGUAAAUUGGCUUAAAAUUUAAGCAUUUUGUUGUAAAACAAGAGGACAGUUUCAGGAUAAAUUAUAGACUGAUUUAACAAUGCGAAAUCUCUCUAUUAAGAAUUCUAUUUAAAAUUGGUGCAAGGGAAAAAAUACUGGUGAAGAGUUAAAAGCACCAAUAUGCAAAUUACCAUCCUAACAUGCACAAAAUUAAUAAUUAAAUUAGAAGUUCUAAUAAUAAAAAUCAGUUGAAUUACCCAUACUCAAACCUAUCUCUUUUGCAUUUACUGAAAUAUAAAAGAAAUAUAAAUAAAUUAAUAGAUCUAAAAAAUAAAAAACACCUCUGCAUUUGUCUGCUGUAUAAUGUCCAAUAAAUACUGUAGAAUUCAAAAAGCCUGAAUUCAAUAAAUCGAUUAAUUCUAGGUUGCAUUCUAAUAAAUUUAAAACAGUCAUUGAAAUUAAAGUUGUAUAAGAUAAUAAGUAUUUUAUGAUUUCAGAUUAAGGAAGGGAAAUAAAUAAUAUAUAAACUUAAUAAAAAGUUAAAGAUUAAGUAGAAACAUUAUAUUCAUAAUUUUUUGGAAGUAUUAAUAGAAAAAGAGCUGUUACUAUUUGCAAUGGGCAAACAAAUGAAAUUGAUUUUGAAUAUAAAUCGACAAAUUUGGAGAAUAAAAUAAAAAUACAUAAAUUUUGA